AUGGGGUGGCAGAAUGCAAUCGAGCUCGUGGUGGGCCUGCAUGCUUUGGCCAUGUUCAUGACCUACCCGUUGCUCCAGCAGUAUGUGCACCAGAGGCUAUGGCAGCAGUUGGGUGGCUACGCCUACUCCACCAGCAUGGACCGGUCUCUCUGCACAAGCAACUCCAGUAACCUGAGCCUUCAUCAGGCCGUGCAGAGGGAGACGUCACGCUUCCUCCUGCAUAGUGAGCUGUGCUUCCUCCUUCCCGGCCUGGUCUCAUCUCUGUUCCUCGUGUCGUACAGCGACUGGCGAGGGCGGAAGGCAGCCAUUGUGCCGCCGCUUGUGGGUGACCUCCUCUUCACACUCACUUAUUUUGUGGUGAGCAGAUUCUCGCUCAGCCUCGGAUACCUGCUGGGUGCCUCCUUCCUCGCCGGGAUACUCGGCGGUCCCGGCUCGCUGAUCGGAGGUUGCUUCUGUUACGUGGCCGACCGCAGCGCAGAGGGGCCGCCUGAGUCGAGGACCGUCCGGAUGGCCCGCCUGGACGCCGUGCUGGGUACACUGUCUGGCCUUGGCUCACUUUGCACGGGGUUCUACGUCAGAGCAGCCGGCUUCAGCUGGCCCUUCCUCUCCGCGUCCGCGCUUCAUCUGCUCAAUCUGCUGUACGUGCUUGCGAUCCUGCAGGAGCCUUCGGCUCGUCCUGGCCACGGCCCAGCCCCCAAGCCCAGCGCCUCCGGUCCCAGGUCUGCCACCGAGCCCACUCAUCUGAGCCCUGCUCAGGCCAUCGCCGGCCGUCUGCAGGGCAUCUACCUGCUGUUUGCAUCUUCCACGCAGAGACGAAACACAGGGUUGCUGCUCAUGUUGAGCGCCUUCAGCUUCUACAAGGUGUCCAAGCUGGGCGGCAUGUCCAUGGUCAUUCUGUAUGAGCUGAACGCUCCGCUGUGCUGGAGUGAGGUGCUCAUUGGCUACGGAGCUGCUCUUUCCACACUGAUCUACCUGAGCAGCUUUGCAGGUGUGGCCGUGCUCUCCCGAUGGUUGCCAGACCCCUGCAUCACCCUCCUUGGCAUGUUCUCCCUGGCCUCAGGCCUCUGCCUGGCUGCCUUUGCCAAGACCACACUGCUCAUGUUUCUAGUACGAUUGCCUCUUCUCCUGUCCAUCAUGCCUGCUCCUGUGAUGCGCUCCAUGAUGUCCAAACUGGUACGCAGCUCUGAACAGGGCACUGUGUUUGCAUGCGUGGCCUUUGUGGAAAUGCUGAGCAUGGCCGUGGCCUUACCGCUGUUCACCAGCACCUACGCUGCUACUGUCUCCUGGUUCUCAGGUUUUAGUUUUCUUCUCGCCGCCAGCCUUACCCUAAUACCAGCCAUUCUGAUUGGUACUACACUGUGGCUUCGUCUGGAUGUGGGGGAGGAGUCUGACAGACUGACUCCUGAAGACGACGCAGAGGACAGUGCAAGACCUGCCGAAGUCAUUCAGCUACCACAGUGGCAUAAAUGAGACUGUCCUCGCUGCCUGUGACCUGCCCACAGCAAUGCCAAUACCAAUGCCAUUACGCAUAUUCAUGUGUGUCA